AAGAACUACUAAAGUGUCCCUGCAUUUUGUAACUAACACGAUUAAUGUCAUGCAUUUUGUAAGGACUAGAAUAAUUCUUUUCUUUUUCUUUUUCUUUUUAAACUCAAUAAUUCUUUUUCUUUUACCCAAAAUUCAAAAAUAAAACCAAAAACCGAACCAACUCCACCUUCAUUCAAUUUACCCAUCCUUCUCCAAACGCUACCAUUUCCAAACCGAAUAAACUUAAAAAAAAUGGCAACGAAUGAACACGUUCCAGUAGAAUCCGAGCCAAACCCGAACCUAAAUCCAAACCAGAACCAAACUCCGACGCAAUCUCCACUCCUCGAAGACACAGACGAACUCAAGAAAGUCUUCAACGAUUUCGACGCCAACGGCGACGGCAAGAUCUCCGCCAACGAACUCGAAACUGUUCUCCGAACACUCAGAUCCGACGUACCACAGGAGGAGGAACUCCGACGCGUGAUGGAAGAUCUAACCACCGACCGUGAAGGUGGCAUCAACUUAUCGGAGUUCUCCGCGGUCUGCCGCUCCGACACUUCUGACGGUGGCGGUUCAGCGCUUCGCGAUGCUUUCGAUCUGUACGAUCGCGACAAAAACGGACUUAUCUCCACUGAGGAGCUUCACCUGGCACUGGACCGCCUCGGAAUGAAGUGUUCCGUCGAGGAAUGCAGGGAUAUGAUCAAUUCCGUUGAUUCUGACGGUGACGGUAGUGUUGACUUCGAUGAGUUCAAGCAGAUGAUGACGGCCAAGAGCCGUGCCGUUAACGACUCUGUCAAUUAGACAUAAAUUUCUAAGUCUUCGUCACGGUUAGAAGUUUCGGUGUAUCUUCGGUAAAAGCUUCCACUGUACUUUUUUUAACAUAAAUAAAUAAUGAGCAAAUUGCUUAAACUUUAUAGACUUAGGCCAUUUGAAUAAAGAGUUUAUUUACGGCUUA